UUAGAAGCUUACAAGUCACUAACGCCUAGCUUGUUCGUUAUAAAUUAUAUAUUUAUAUGUAUAUAUAAAUAUAUAGAUGUAUAUGUAUGGUCAUAAUUAAUUUCGGAAACAAGAAGAAUAAAUAAAAAAAUUAAGAGUAUGAAUAAUUCAAGUGACGUUACACUGGAAGAAAUAUUUUUGGGAGGGAAAAUAAAUAAUUCAAAUAAUUUAUCGAGCAAAGAAAAUGGAGAAGAAAAGUUUCCAAAAUUAGAGAAACCUUCUGGGGCUUCUGAUCAAAUUAAAUCUUACAUCGAUCGACCAGUUAUGGAUACCUCGUUGCCGUAUAUUCCAGUUUACACUCAUCUCAUAACUUUCGAUCUUGAGCCAAUUGAAAGACCACCGACUCCACCGGUUAUUAAAUUUUUACGAUCUGAGCUACGAACUGAUACUCCACGGGGCUCUCCAGAGUCAAGAGGAUCAAGUAAAUUAGGAAAAGCUAAUCAUAAAUAAAUUUAUAUGAGUUACCUACUCAUUUAUAUAUUUAUACAAUUUCUACCCCCCAAAAAAAAACUAGAAGUACU